AUGAGAAUGAAGUCAUUGGAAUGGAAAGAAAAGGCUCAGUUGGCAGCUAAACCUGUUGGCUCUUCCUACCAGAACUUAGAGAAAAUUUCAUGCUUCCCUUCUCUUGUUUUAGGUUGUGCAAGUUCGUCUUACGAUUACUCUGCUAACAUUGAAUGCUUGGCUGUGCCUUUGGCUCCUCAGUAUAGCGGUGGGAUUGUGGAAAACCCUACAUUUGACUCAGCCUGGGUACAGAUCAGUGAAGGAAAAGAGACCGUAGCAGCAUUCCUGAAAACCCCAGAUCAAGAAAGUAUAAUUGUUGGUUCAGUGAUAGCUAAAUCUGGCUGCUGGUCCAUGCUUAAAGGAGGAUUCACAGUUGAUCAAAAUAUGAAAGCCCAACUCUAUUUUCUGUGGAGUGAGCAGCAAAAGAAAAGCAUCGAAGCGGUUCGAAAGAGGAAAAUAAGGAUCCAUGUUCAUAGCCAUGAAGGAAAGAAGCUCCAAGAUAUCAAGGAUUAUCAAGAAUCGUUUACUCCCCGGUUCACUGCAUCAUCAUUUAACAAUGAAAUGAAAUGGUACUACACGGAGGAGUUUCAAAAUCAGGAAAACUACACAGUCCUGGAUGCCAUGAUUUCUUUCUUAAAAGACCAUGGGAUUUCAAUUCGUGGCCACAACAUUCUUUGGGAUAAACCAAACAUGAAUGCGGAUUGGGUACAAAACUUGACCCGUCAAGAGCUUCUUGCUGCAGCCGUUCGGCGAAUGGGAUCUUUAAUGUCCAGAUAUUCCGGCGAUAUCCUUCAGUGGGAUGUUAUGAAUGGGAAUUUACACUUCUCCUAUUAUGAAGAUAGGCUUGGGCCAAACGCUUCAGCAAUGUUUUACAAGAUUGCUCAAGCAAUAGAUCCCCAGGUUAUUCAGUUUGAAGAGAUUUUGAGGGAGGCCUACUCACAUCCUGCUGUUGAAGGAAUAAUUCUCUGGUCUGGUUGGAAUUUUGGUUGUAGUGAAGAAUGCAUAAAGGGAAGCAAGAAAAUUACGCAUUAA